CAAGUUCUUGUGGAUCUGGUAAGGUUUAUUACUGUAUAUCCAAGUCUCACGCCAUCAAGCCCAGAUUCGAUUCAAGUCUCACGCCAUCAAGCACAGAUUAUUUUCGAUUUUCCGCAGUCUCGAAGCUCUCUUUCCAACGAAACGAAACAAAACGAAUACGCACCAUGAUUGUCGCUGCUCGCGCUCUUGCAAGUCUAGGUUUGUUUGUGUUGCCGCCUUUGGUGGUGGGUGACUCUAAUUGGUGGAUGGCCGUCCAUCCACAAGAUGCAACUCGUAUGCCUGAAAUGUUUUGCGAGUGUUGUGAAACUCCGGAUGCAGGCAAUGGAAUUGGCGUUGCGGGAGGUUAUCCCGGGACUCUGUGGUGCAAGGUCAAUGCCCAAGAUGCUUCAAGACAUCCCCACCUUCAGUCUCUCUGUGAGUGCAAGGCAUGGUGCGAGUACGCUAUGAUUCAUCAAUUCGACUACAACACGCCCAACAAUCCAUUGCGCACAAGCGAUCUUGGGUUCAUGGACCUCAUGUGCAAUGAGAACGACGGAUCUCCCACUACCUACAAAUGCUGCAAGGCGGGUUGCGGGGACUGUUUGGCAAACAGCCACCCUACUCCGGACUCGUGUCCCGCCGGCAGCGUCAUCAAUGGUGCCUUCAACCCCGACAGCUAUGCUCACUCGUAUAAGGCGGAGGACUCUGGGGAAUGCCUCAUGCGAAUUGUACAGCAAUAUCAAUGCUGCAGGACAAAUUGUGACCAGUGUUUGGGCGGUGCUCCAUUUGUCACUGACCCACGGGACUGCGGCCCGAGCUUUCCGUUUGCACAUCCCAUCGGUAGUAGCUCCGGGAAUUGCGUGCAGAAUGCCUACACAACACCCAAGCAAGGGGAAUACUUCUGUUGCAAUCCGGGUUGCAGUGACUGCGCUCCUGGUUCUUUCAAGAAUCCGGCGCUCUGUCCUCCACCAUAUGUCGUUAAUAAUGAGGUCCUCGGAUAUGGUGGUUGGUACAAGACAUCUGAUGGCAGCUGCAAAGAGCAGCCUUAUCCCCGAUUCGUCUGCUGCAGCGACGCCGCGUGUGGUGUCUGUGCCUUUGAUGGACCCUUUGUAUAUGCCCCAGAACAAUGCGCCGAUCAGUACGGACAUGUGCAUCCGAUUGGUACCAGUGAGUGCAUUGAAAUUCCAAACUACAGAAGCCAACGCCACAGCCAGUGUCAAGUGAUUAAUUUGCCAACUGGAAAGAAAUGCGAGGAUGUUGACGAUCCUGAAUCCUGUUGCUACUCGAUUGAUAAUCGUGGAACUGGAACUGAAACCGAAGCCGAUUUGGAUGCAGGGCGCGGACAGCGCUGCGUUCCCUCCAUCAGCACUUCCGGAUACUCACACGGAGAUGGGCUUGGGAAACGUUGCAUGGGCGAAAAAUGGGUCAAAGACCAUGCCCACAAUGAAGGCAACCCUGUGUAUUGUGAGAACUUGAAAGGUGAUCAAGGAAGGUCGGCCCUUCCAACGGGUAAGGCUUGCACCACCGUCACCGACCAAGCAACGUGUUGUGGCGCCAUCGGCAACUUGAGGACCGACAGUUUCACGGCACAGCCUUGUGUUCCUGCGAUCGAUCCCGCUACUAGCAGCUUCAUGUGCGUAAGCAAGGUAUGGGCAGAGAAGAACCCCACCGCUGCCAAUAUUUUGAGCUGCACUGGGUAUUGAACGAGUCGAGUCAUCGCCGUUGAACCUAUUCUGCGUGUCUCUUACAUGUGGAAAAUCAUGAAGCAGGAUGAAUGAUAUCAUGCAUGGAUACUUGAGUGAUGUUUGCAUGGGUGCACGGGCACACGUUCUGGCUGACUGGCGGCUGCGACGGUCUUGAAGGAGUGACGAGUGACAGUUGUGGAGAACCCACUCUUGAAUAUAUAACAUAGUACUGUUAUGCAUAGAUUCAUUUGAGAGAUUUCGACU